UCUUGCGGUGUCACACGGAGUACGCGGUUCGAGUACACUUUGUUCCCCGUCGCGGUAGGGCGACCUGCGGUGCAGAACUUGCUGCGCUUCGGUCUUCAACGCGCUGCGAGUAUCCGAACGUGAGCGGGGCAACGACCGCUGCCGUCCUCAACCGUCAGAAUUGUCAGCGGCGCAUGGUUUUGUUUGUGAUUGAAAUUUUUCGCGGCGUUUCAUAGGCGGGCGUUUAACAUGUAAAUUGUGUAAAUUUUGUUAAGUUCAUAGUUGGAUAAGCUGGAAGAUUGUAGUACGAGUGCUUUAUACAAAUUUGUAAAUAUAUUUAGGUGCAAAAUGGCUCAGUUGAAAGAACUAAAAGCCAAUCGUGGCUACGUCAAAGGCGCCAUCAGUCGCAUUGAAACAUUUUGCAUCUCGGAUGAUUUUUCAACAUCAUCAAUUGAAGUGCUCACUCAAAAAAAAGAGAGAUUAAUUAAGGCCUUCGGCGACUACGAGUCUUGUAAUCGGGCUAUCUUAGCUACAGAGCCAGACGAUAGCGAAUCUUACGAAGCAUACGAAACUAAGUAUGAUUUAUGCCUAGCGAUGAUUAAUACGCGUUUAAAACCUGCGACACAGACUAUUAGCCAUGGCACUGCAUCUUCCGAGCUACAAUCAGAAAAAAGAGCAAUCGCAUUGGAAGCCACAACAACAGAGGAGCCUAAGAAGCCGUUGAGAUCUGCUGUGAGUGCAGCAGCUGCUACUGGAGUUUCAUGCGUUCCAGUAUGUGUGCCGACAGCUCACACCUGUGGGUCCGUAUUUGGUGAAGACAAGAUUUGGUCAUAUAGUAGGCGGGAGGCUGCCCUUCCCUGCAGGCAAGAAGUCGAUAAGUAACUAUUGUGUUACAUCUAAAGGUAAUCCUUUUGAUUUUAAUGUAGUGGAGGAUGAUUUACAACCACCCUUCCCAUGUGUCAAACAAGGUGAUGAUUCUCAACCUUCUGAAAACAUUGUUGAUAUAAUGUCUAAGUUUUGGGAGUGUGAAAAGGUACCUGAUAUUAUUAAGGAAACAGGUACAGAGGCUGAGCAGGCUGAACAGAUUUUUCAAGAGUCUGUCGAAUUAGAAGAUGAAAGAUUCACAGUAGCCUUGCCUGUGAAGGUUGAGUUGGAUAAGUUAGAUUUAGGUGAUUCUUUCAGUAGCGCCUUGCAACGAUUUUUCAAUUUAGAAAAGCGGUUUUCGCGGGAUUUAGAGUUGAGUCAAAAAUAUAAAAAGUUCAUACAUGAUUAUAUUGACCAAGGCCAUGCCAAAUAUUUUGACAUGUCUAAUUAUGACUUAGGUGCUGGUAAUGUCAUGUUUCUGCCACACCACCCUGUAAUUAGCUCCAGUAAAACGACACCUGUUAGAGCUGUCUUUGAUCCUGGUGCUGUCACAAAGAAUGGUAAAUGGUCCGGUGGUUCAAAAGGAUCUCUUUGAAAUUCUGAUUUUGUUCAGAACAUUCAAGUAUGUAUUAUUGUGUGACAUAAAGGCUAUGUAUCGCCAAAUUUUUAUUGAGGAUAAGUAUCGUUGUUUGCAAAAUAUCUUGUGGCGCGAUUCUCCUGAC